UAUCUCCUAAAAUACACACUCGAUAUUUCUGUUUAAUUUCCCGUCAGUGAAUAGUAUUAUGUCUUCAGUGUUAAUGUGGAUGAACUCGCUCAUUUGGAAGUUCUCACCAUGCAUAGAACUGGAUACUUCUGCCAUACCUACUCGAAAGAAGGUACUGACUGAAUCUGUGAAUGGUGAGAGCUUAAGAACUAAGUGGGGCAGUUGCGACGUUUGCGUGGAGGAGAACAAGGUCUGUAAAUGUAACCAAGGAAAAGAUGAUGAAGUGAUGGCAAUAAUCAAUGAAAAUGGCGAAAAACAUAUAAAGGCUGAUAGCUCUUUUACUCAUUCUGUCAUUAACAUGGUUGGAAUGCUUAUAGGGCUUGGACAACUAUCAACUCCCUAUGCUCUACAAAAUGGUGGCUGGGCUUCAGUGUUCUUACUUAUAGGACUUGGAAUAGCAUGCGCAUACACUUCACACUUACUAGGAAAAUGUCUGGAGAAGAAUGCAAAAUCAAGGAAUUACUCGGAUAUUGGACAACAAGCAUUUGGUGUGAAGGGAAGAGUUAUAGCGACAACCUUCAUAUACAUGGAAAUCUUCAUGGCCCUAGUUUCGUACACAAUCUCACUUAGUGAUAACUUGACUACCGUUUUUUCCGGAACAAAUCUUCAUAUGCCAUGGCUUCAUUUAACAACAUCUCAAAUCUUAACAGUGAUUGCAGUUAUAGUUGCAUUACCUAGUUUAUGGUUAAGAGAUCUCUCUUCCAUAUCGUUCCUUUCAACCGGUGGCAUUCUCAUGUCAUUUCUUAUCUUUAUCACAGUACUAUGUACUGCAGCAUUUGGUGGUGUCAAAGUUAACCAGCCAAUACCUAUUUUACAACUUCAUAAUAUUCCUGUGAUAUCCGGUCUUUACAUAUUUAGUUUUGCGGGUCAUAUUGUUUUCCCGGACCUUUACAAAUCCAUGAAGGAUCCUUCCAAAUUCACAAAGGUGUCUAUUGUGAGCUUCAGCAUCGUUACGAUUUUAUAUACAUCUCUUGCUUUUAUGGGUGCAAAAAUGUUUGGACCAGGAGUAAAUUCUCAAAUCACCCUCAGUAUGCCUAAGCAUCUCAUACUUACUAAAAUUGCAUUAUGGGCGACGGUUCUAACACCUAUGACAAAGUAUGCACUUGAAUUUGCUCCUAUAGCAAUGCAAGUCGAUCAUAAACUACCUUCUUCAAUGAGUUCUCAGAUGCGGAUGUUUAUUAGAGGUAGUUUAGGAUCGAUAAUGCUAAUUGGAAUCCUAGGUUUAGCCUUAUCGAUACCUUACUUUCAAUAUGUUCUUGGUCUCACUGGCUCCCUAGUUAGUAUUAGUAUUUGUAUCAUAUUUCCUUGUGCUUUUUACACCAAAAUCUUUUGGUCUCAACUUUCAAAACCUCUUUUGGUUCUAAAUUUCGUCCUCAUAGGGUUUGGUUCUCUUUGUGGCUUAUUCGGUACUAUUACAUCCUUUAAGUCACUGAUAAAUACCAUACAAAAUACCCACUAAUUCCUCGCAUUUUCGGCUACUCUACCUUGCAAUGCAAAGACCCACUUACGUUGUACUGUCCAUUGUCUAUUUUUCAGUUUUAUCACCUUGUAAGAGAGAUCCUCUCGUGUACUCUGCCAUCGCAAUGAAUAAAGUCAUUUUAUUGUAAAGUAUCUGGAUGUAAGAAAAAUGAACUUUAACCAUAG